ACGUUGGGUGCUUCAAAAUAAGGAUAAUAAAAGGAAAACUCAGAUAAAAGACCAAAAUGAGGAAACACCGACAUUUGCCCUUUGAGGCAGUGUUUUAUGUCCUACUCUCAGGCUGUUGCUUGCUUCAUGCUCAGCAGCAAGCAGCUGUCAAACGCGUUGCUGUGGCUGAUAUAAUAUUUCUAGUGGAUUCCUCUUGGAGCAUUGGGAAGGAACAUUUCCAACUGGUUCGAGAGUUUCUGUAUGAUGUUGUAAAAGCUUUAGAUGUGGGAGGAAAUGAUUUUCGCUUUGCCCUGGUCCAGUUCAGCGGAAACCCCCACACAGAGUUCCAGUUAAAUACCUACCCCUCUACCCAGGACAUCCUGUCCCAUAUUGCCAACAUGCCUUACGUGGGGGGAGGCACCAAGACUGGAAAAGGAUUAGAGUACCUAAUCGCGAACCAUCUCACUAAAGCUGCUGGAAGCAGAGCCAGUGAAGGUGUCCCCCAGGUUAUUAUAGUGUUAACGGACGGACGAUCCCAGGAUGAUGUGGCUCUGCCAUCAUCUGUCCUUAAAUCAGCCCAUGUAAACCUGUUUGCGAUCGGCGUGCAGGAUGCAGUGGAAGGGGAGUUACAGGAAAUAGCAAGCGAACCCUUCGAUACGCACCUUUUCAACCUAGAGAAUAUUACCGCUCUCCACGGCAUAGUUGGAGACUUAGUGGCGAGUGUCCGUUCAUCCAUGACUCCAGAAAAGGCUGGAGCCAAAGGACUGGUUAAAGACAUCACAGCUCAAGAGUCUGCUGACCUUAUUUUCCUUAUUGACGGAUCAGACAACAUCGGAAGUGUCAAUUUCCAAGCCAUACGUGAUUUCCUUGUAAAUUUGAUUGAAAGCCUCAGAGUUGGAGCUCAGCAGAUACACAUUGGGGUGGUGCAGUAUAGUGAUCAACCCAGAACCGAGUUCGCUUUGAACAGCUACUCCACAAAAGCGGAAGUUCUGGAUGCCGUGAAGGCACUUAGUUUCCGUGGUGGCGAGGAAGCGAACACCGGUGCGGCACUGGAGUUUGUGGUGGAGAACCUCUUCACCCGGGCAGGAGGCAGCAGGAUAGAGGAAGCGGUGCCGCAGAUUUUAGUACUGAUAAGUGGUGGAGAGUCUAGUGAUGAUAUCCGAGAGGGUUUGUUAGCGGUGAAGCAAGCUAGUAUAUUUUCGUUUAGCAUUGGGGUCCUGAAUGCUGACAGUGCAGAGCUGCAGCAGAUUGCUACUGAUGGAAACUUCGCAUUUACUGCCCUGGAUAUCCGUAACCUUGAUGCUCUUCGAGAAUUAUUACUGCCCAACAUUGUUGGAGUGGCCCAAAGACUCAUUUUGUUAGAGGCCCCAACCAUUGUGACUGAAGUUAUUGAAGUGAACAAGAAGGAUAUAGUCUUCCUGAUAGAUGGCUCAACUGCUUUGGGGACUGCCCCCUUUAAUGCAAUUCGUGAUUUCGUUGCCAAAAUUGUCCAAAGGCUGGAGGUUGGACCUGACCUGAUCCAAGUCGCGGUGGCACAGUAUGCAGACACUGUGAAGCCAGAGUUCUAUUUUAACACCCACCAGAGCAGAAAGGAUGUGAUGGCUAAUGUCAAGAGAAUGAAGCUCAUGGGUGGUACAGCACUGAACACUGGCUCGGCACUGGACUUUGUGAGGAACAACUUCUUCACCAGUCCUGCUGGGUGCAGGAUGGAAGAAGGGGUGCUCCCCAUGCUGGUGCUCAUUACUGGCGGUAAGUCCAUGGAUGCUGUUAACCAAGCCGCAGCAGAGAUGAAAAGGAACCGUAUAGUGAUCCUUGCCAUUGGGUCAAGAAAUGCCGACCUGGCAGAACUUCAAGAGAUUGCCCGUGAGAGAGAUUUUGUGUUCAAUCCGAAUGACUUCCGUGUCCAGUUCAUGCAAGCCAUUCUUCCUGAAGUGCUGUCGCCUAUCAGGACACUCUCUGGAGGACUGAUUAUCCAAGAACCGCCAUCAGUUCAAGUAACCAAAAGGGAUAUCAUCUUUCUUUUGGAUGGAUCACUCAACGUCGGAAAUGCCAACUUCCCCUUUGUGCGUGACUUUGUUGCCACCCUAGUUAACUACCUUGAUGUCGGCAGUGACAAAAUCCGAGUUGGCUUAGUGCAAUUUAGUGACACUCCUAAAACAGAGUUCUUUCUAUAUUCGUACCAAACCAAAUCAGACAUAAUUCAACGUAUGGGGCAACUGAGGCCCAAGGGAGGGUCAGUGCUGAACACUGGCUAUGCACUGAACUUUGUGCUUUUGAAUCACUUCACGGAAGCUGGUGGGAGCAGAAUAAAUGAACAAGUGCCGCAGGUCCUAGUCCUGGUGACGGCAGGGAGGUCUGCUGAUCCCUUCCUCCAAGUUUCCAAUGCAUUAGCUCGGGCCGGAGUGAUGACUUUUGCUGUUGGAGUUAGGAGUGCGGAUAAGGCAGAGCUUGAACAGAUUGCCUUUAAUCCAAGAAUGGUAUAUUUUAUGGAUGAUUUCAGUGCUCUGGCAGCUUUACCCCAGGAGUUAAAUAAGCCUAUAACAACAUAUGUUAGUGGAGGUGUGGAAGAGGUUCCACUCGCCCCAACAGAAAGCAAGAAAGAUAUUUUAUUCCUGAUUGAUGGCUCAGCCAACCUCUUGGGUAGCUUUCCUGCUGUCCGCGACUUUGUACACAAAGUCAUUUCUGACCUGAACGUGGGUCCUGAUGCCACACGAGUAUCUGUAGCUCAGUUCAGUGACACCAUCCAAGUUGAAUUUGACUUUGCUGAACUCCCAUCUAAGCAAGACAUGCUUCUCAAAGUGAAAAGAAUGAGGAUAAAAACUGGGAAGCAAUUGAACAUUGGAGCUGCACUGGAUGAGGCUAUAAGAAGGCUGUUCGUGAAGGAAGCUGGAAGCAGGAUUGAGGAAGGAGUUCCUCAGUUUUUAGUCCUCCUUGCUGCUGGGAGAUCAACCGAUGAUGUGGAGCAACCAUCAGAUGCUCUGAAGCAAGCAGGAGUUGUGACCUUUGUUAUUAAAGCCAAAAAUGCUGACCCUGUAGAGCUGGAAAGGAUCGUGUAUGCCCCACAGUUCAUCCUGAACGUCGACUCCCUCCCUCGGAUUUCAGAGCUUCAGCCAGACAUAGUGAACCUCUUGAAAACUAUCCAGCUUCAGCCAACAGUAGUUGAGAGAGGUGAGAAGAAGGAUGUGGUGUUUCUAAUCGAUGGCUCAGAUGGUGUCAGAAGAGGUUUCCCUUUACUGAAGACCUUUGUCCAAAGAGUUGUUGAAAGCCUGGAUAUCGGUCGUGACAAAGUCCGUGUCGCCGUUGCACAGUACAGCAAUGCCGUGCAACCCGAGUUCUUACUCGACACCCAUGAAGACAAAGCAGAUCUCAUCAGUGCCAUCCAGGAGCUGAAGAUUAUGGGAGGAUCUCCUCUGAACACUGGAGCAGCGCUCGACUAUCUUAUCAGGAAUGUGUUCACUGUGUCAAGUGGCAGCAGGAUAGCGGAAGGCGUCCCACAGUUCCUGAUUCUGCUGACUGCUGACCGGUCCCAGGAUGAUGUAAGGAGGCCCUCGGUGGUCCUGAAGACAAGUGGCACUGUGCCCUUCGGCAUUGGGGUUGGAAAUGCUGACAUCACAGAGCUGCAGACCAUUUCCUUCCUCCCAGAUUUUGCCAUUUCUGUGCCUGACUUCAGCCAGCUGGAUACGGUGCAUCAGGUCGUCUCCAACAGAGUCAUCCGCCUGACCAAGAAAGAAAUAGAGUCACUUGCCCCUGAUCUGGUUUUUACAUCACCCAGCCCAGCGGGUGUGAAGAGGGACGUCGUGUUCUUGGUUGAUGGUUCCCGCUAUGCUGCCCAGGAGUUCUACCUCAUCCGUGACCUCAUUGAAAGGAUAGUGAACAACCUGGAUGUGGGCUUUGACACCACCAGGAUUUCGGUGGUCCAAUUCAGCGAGCAUCCGCAUGUGGAGUUCCUGCUCAACGCGCACUCCACCAAGGAUGAGGUGCAGAGUGCUGUGCGGCGGCUGCGGCCUCAGGGUGGCCAGCAGGUGAACGUGGGGGAGGCCCUUGAGUUUGUGGCAAAGACCAUCUUCACCCGGCCCUCCGGGAGCCGCAUAGAGGAAGGCGUCCCUCAGUUUUUGGUCAUCCUCUCCUCCCGCAAGUCAGACGAUGACUUGGAGUACCCAUCACUCCAAGUGAAACAAGUGGGGGUGGCACCUAUGGUGGUAGCCAAGAAUGUGGAUCCUGAGGAGAUGGUACAGAUUUCCCUUAGUCCUGAUUAUGUAUUCCAAGUCUCCAGCUUCCAGGAACUGCCCAGCCUCGAGCAGAAGCUACUGACUCCUAUUGAAACCCUGACAGGGGACCAAAUCAGAAGGCUGCUGGGAGAUGUGCCACCUUCUGUAGAUAUUUCUGGUGAUGAAAAGGACAUAGUCUUCCUCAUUGACACCUCUGACAGUGUCAGGCCCGAUGGGCUGGCUCACAUUCGGGAUUUCAUCAGCAGAAUUGUUCAGCAGCUGGAUGUUGGGCCAAACAAGGUGCGGAUUGGUGUGGUGCAGUUCAGCAAUAACGUCUUCCCUGAGUUCUACUUGAAGACCCACAAGUCCAAAAAUGCUGUCCUGCAAGCCAUCCGCCGCUUGAGGCUUAGAGGGGGGUCCCCUCUGAAUGCUGGAAAAGCCCUAGACUAUGUGGUGAAGAACUACUUCAUCAAGUCUGCAGGGAGCAGGAUAGAAGAUGGAGUGCCCCAGCACCUCAUUCUCAUCCUCGGAGACCGGUCCCAGGACGAUGUGAACAGGCCUGCUAACGUGAUCACAUCAACGAGUAUCAAACCUCUGGGUGUUGGAGCCAGGAAUGUGGACAGGAACCAGCUGCAGGUCAUUACCAAUGAUCCUGAGCGCGUACUUGUGGUGCAGGACUUUACAGGACUCCCAACUUUGGAAAAGAAGGUGCAGAGUAUUCUUGAAGAGCUUCCAAUACCUACAACAGAAACCCCUGGAUUUCUAGGACCUGAAGGAAAAAAGCAGGCUGACAUUGUGUUUUUGCUGGAUGGCUCCAUCAAUCUGGGGAGAGAUAACUUCCAAGAAGUUCUCCAGUUUGUCUACUCUGUGGUGGAUGCCAUUUAUAGGGACGGUGACUCUAUCCAGGUAGGACUGGCCCAGUACAACUCAGAUGUCACUGAUGAGUUUUUCCUCAAGGACUACUCCACCAAACCUCAGAUUUUAGAUGCUAUCAACAAAGUCAUCUACAAAGGUGGACGAGUGGCAAACACCGGUGCAGCCAUCAGGCAUAUCCAGGCAAACCACUUUGUGAAGGAGGCCGGGAGCAGAAUCGACCAGAGAGUGCCCCAGAUUGCCUUCCUUGUCACGGGCGGGAAGUCCUCAGAUGAUGGGCCAAGUGCCUCCUUGGAAAUCACACAGAAAGGCGUCAAGGUGUUUGCAGUAGGCGUCAGAAACAUUGACCUGAAGGAAGUCAGUAGGUUGGCCAGUGAGAGUGCCACGAGCUUCCGAGCAUCCACAGCCCAGGAGCUGUCUGAGCUCAACGAGCAGGUUCUAGUUACAUUGGAAGCCGCUAUGCAGGAGAAACUGUGCCCAGUAACAACGGACGUUACAAGAGAUUGCAACUUAGAUGUGAUACUUGGCUUUGAUGUCUCAGAUGUUGGGCCUGGCCAGAAUAUAUUCAAUUCCCAGAGAGGUUUGGAGUCCAGAGUUGAGUCUGUGCUGAACAGAAUAACACAGAUGCAGAGGAUCAGCUGCACUGGCAACCAGGAGCCCAAUGUCAGGGUAGCCAUCAUGGCCCAAGCUCGGGGGGGACCUGUGGAGGGUCUGGACUUCUCUGAAUACCAGCCUGAACUCUUUGAGAGGUUUCAGGGCAUGCGAACUCAGGGGCCCUAUUUCCUCACAGCUGAUACACUGAGGUCCUACCUGAGCAAGUUCAGAUCUUCACCCGCUGGCAGCACCAAGGUUAUAAUCCAUUUUACUGAUGGUGUAGAUGACUCGAUAGAAGAGCUGGAGGCCACUUCGUCUACUUUGCAUGCAGAAGGUGUCAAUGCUCUCAUCUUCAUCGGGCUGGACCGAGUGAGUGAUUUUGACAGAGUGAUGCAGCUGGAGUUCGGUCGUGGGUUCACCUACAACAGACCCCUCCGAGUCAAUCUGCUGGACCUGGAUUUCGAGCUGGCGGAGCAGCUCGACAACAUCGCAGAGAGGACUUGCUGCAAGGUCCCGUGCAAAUGCUCAGGGCAGAGAGGGGACAGAGGUGUGCCGGGCCCCAUAGGACCAAAGGGUGCCACAGGCGAUCUUGGCUACGGAGGCUAUCCUGGUGAUGAAGGAGGACCGGGUGAGCGUGGACCUCCCGGUGUGAAUGGGACACAGGGUUUCCAGGGAUGCCCUGGGCACAGAGGAACCAAGGGUUCUCGGGGAUUCCCAGGAGAGAAGGGUGAACUGGGAGAAAUGGGUCUGGAUGGCAUCGAUGGAGAAGAGGGAGACAAAGGUCUGCCUGGCUCCUCUGGAGAGAAGGGAUACUCCGGAAGGAGGGGUGACAAGGGCGUUAAAGGCGAGCGAGGAGAACGCGGUGAUCGUGGGCUCCGUGGAGACCCGGGGGAUUCAGGAGUCGAUAAUACUCAACGAGGAACCAGAGGCCAAAAGGGUGAAAUUGGACAAAUGGGAGAGCCAGGACCAGUGGGGCUGGAUGGCCAGGAUGGUGAAGUCGGAAGGCAGGGUAUGGCAGGACGAAGGGGACCAAUAGGAGUUAAGGGUACCAAGGGCUCGCCUGGUCAAGCGGGACCAGCUGGAGAACAAGGCAUGAGAGGGCCACAGGGUCCUCCUGGCCAGCUUGGCACACCAGGCAUCAGAGGAGAACAGGGUGUUCCUGGACCCAGGGCUGGUGGUGGACCUCCAGGAAGCCCAGGAGAGCGGGGCAGGAUUGGUCCCCUGGGAUUAAAGGGUGAGCCUGGAAACCCUGGACCCAAAGGGGCAAAUGGACAGCAAGGCCCACGAGGAGAGAUGGGUGAUGAUGGACGAGAUGGAAUUGGGGGCCCAGGUCCUAAAGGCAGAAAGGGAGAACGUGGCUUCAUCGGCUACCCAGGGCCCAAGGGUGGACCUGGAGCAGCAGGUGCUAAGGGUGAAAGUGGUGAACCAGGUCCCCAGGGCCCUCGUGGUGUUCAAGGUGCCCCUGGUCCAAGUGGAAAAGCUGGCAAAAGGGGACGUCCUGGAGCUGAUGGUGCCAGAGGAAUGCCGGGAGAACCUGGUGCAAAGGGUGACAGAGGUUUUGAUGGUCUUCCUGGCCUCCCUGGUGACAAAGGUAACAGGGGAGACCGUGGCCCACAGGGACCUCCUGGCUUACCUGGUGAAGAUGGAUUGAGAGGAGAAGAUGGGGAAGUUGGACCAAGAGGUCUCCCAGGUGAAGCUGGUCCACGGGGAUUGCUGGGCCCCAGAGGUACACCUGGUCCCCCUGGACAACCUGGCAUUGCAGGUAUUGAUGGACCUUCUGGCCCAAAAGGAAACAUGGGUCCUCAAGGGGAACCAGGACCUCCUGGUCAGCAAGGAAUUCCAGGCCCACAGGGGCUUCCUGGUCCUCAAGGUCCUAUCGGACCUCCUGGUGAAAAAGGACCUCAAGGCAAGCCUGGCCUGCCUGGCCUUCCUGGUUCUGAUGGGCCUCCUGGUCAUCCUGGCAAAGAGGGUCAGUCUGGAGAUAAAGGUGCAUUGGGGCCUCCAGGUCCUCAGGGUCCAAUUGGCUAUCCAGGUCCUCGUGGUGUAAAGGGAGCUGAUGGUGUCCGUGGUCUCAAGGGAUCCAAAGGCGAAAAGGGUGAAGAUGGUUUUCCAGGAUUUAAAGGUGACAUGGGCCUUAAAGGUGACCGGGGAGAAAUUGGUCAGCCAGGUCCACGAGGAGAAGAUGGUCCAGAAGGUCCUAAAGGUCGAGCAGGUCCAUCUGGGGACCCAGGUGCUGCUGGCCCAGCUGGAGAAAAGGGUAAGCUUGGUGUACCCGGAUUGCCAGGUUAUCCAGGAAGACAAGGUCCAAAGGGCUCAACUGGUUUCCCAGGAUUUCCAGGUGCCAAUGGAGAGAAAGGCGCAAGGGGUUUACAUGGCAAACCAGGCCCCAGAGGACAGCGAGGACCAACAGGUCCAAGAGGCUCAAGAGGUCCUAGAGGUCCCACUGGCAAACCAGGUCCUAAGGGUACUGCAGGCAAUGAUGGUCCUCCUGGCCCACCAGGUGAAAGGGGACCACAAGGGCCUCAAGGACCUGUUGGAUUCCCCGGACCAAAGGGACCUCCAGGUCCACCUGGAAAAGACGGCUUGCCUGGACAUCCAGGGCAGCGGGGUGAAACUGGUUUUCAAGGGAAAACUGGUCCUCCUGGUCCUGGUGGUGUUGUUGGCCCUCAGGGUCCUACUGGUGAGACUGGCCCAAUUGGUGAAAGAGGUCAUCCAGGUCCUCCUGGUCCACCAGGUGAACAAGGCCUCCCAGGUGCUGCAGGAAAAGAAGGUGCUAAGGGUGACCCAGGACCUCAAGGCAUUCCUGGGAAAGAUGGACCAGCAGGUCUUCGCGGUUUCCCUGGAGAGAGAGGCCUUCCAGGUGCUCAGGGUCCAGCUGGUUUGAAAGGAGGGGAAGGCCCACAAGGCCCACCUGGCCCACUUGGUUCACCAGGGGAACGUGGAGCAGCGGGCACUGCUGGGCCAAUUGGUCUACCAGGUCGUCCUGGACCUCAGGGUCCUCCAGGCCCUGCAGGAGAGAAGGGUGCUCCUGGUGAAAAAGGUCCUCAAGGUCCCGCUGGGCGUGAUGGAGUACAGGGUCCCGUUGGACUUCCUGGUCCUGCCGGUCCUAGUGGCUCUCCUGGAGAAGAUGGUGACAAGGGUGAAAUUGGUGAACCAGGUCAGAAAGGUAGUAAAGGUGACAAGGGAGAAAACGGUCCUCCAGGUCCACCAGGUCUCCAGGGUCCUGUUGGUGCCCCUGGUAUAGCUGGAGGUGAUGGGGAGCCAGGCCCAAGAGGUCAGCAAGGGAUGUUUGGGCAAAAAGGUGAUGAAGGUCCUCGAGGAUUCCCUGGCCCUCCAGGCCCUAUUGGCUUACAGGGUCUGCCUGGCCCACCAGGUGAAAAGGGUGAAAAUGGAGAUGUGGGCCCAAUGGGUCCACCUGGCCCUCCAGGUCCAAGAGGUCCCCAGGGUCCUAAUGGAGCUGAUGGUCCUCAAGGACCACCUGGCUCAAUUGGCUCUGUUGGAGGUGUUGGUGAAAAGGGUGAACCUGGAGAAGCUGGUAACCCUGGACCUCCUGGAGAAUCUGGAACAUCUGGUCCAAAAGGUGAAAGGGGAGAAAAAGGUGAGGCUGGUCCACCUGGAGCAGCUGGACCACCAGGUGCUAAAGGACCUCCAGGUGAUGAUGGACCUAAGGGUAACCCAGGCCCAGUUGGUUUUCCUGGGGAUCCUGGUCCCCCUGGUGAACCUGGUCCAGCUGGGCAAGAUGGUGUUGGUGGAGAGAAGGGUGAAGAUGGUGAUCCUGGUCAACCUGGUCCACCGGGUCCUUCAGGUGAAGCUGGUCCACCUGGUCCGCCUGGAAAAAGAGGACCUCCAGGAGCAACUGGUGCUGAAGGCAGACAAGGCGAAAAAGGUGCCAAGGGUGAACCUGGUGCAGAGGGGGCUCCUGGAAAAACAGGCCCUGUUGGUCCACAAGGACCUGCAGGAAAACCUGGCCCAGAGGGUCUCCGGGGCAUUCCUGGCCCUGUGGGAGAACAAGGUCUACCUGGAGCGCCAGGUCAGGAUGGCCCUCCUGGGCCUCUGGGUCCACCUGGCCUGCCUGGCUUGAAAGGAGAUCCAGGUUCCAAAGGAGAGAAGGGACAUCCUGGUUUGAUAGGCCUGAUUGGACCUCCAGGAGAACAGGGUGAAAAGGGUGAUAGGGGUCUUCCUGGCCCACAGGGAUCUCCUGGAGCCAAGGGUGAUGCAGGAAUUUCCGGUCCUGCAGGUCCACUUGGACCCCCUGGUCCUCCUGGUUUACCUGGUCCCCAAGGUCCAAAAGGUUCCAAAGGAUCCAGUGGUCCUGCUGGUCAAAAAGGUGACAGUGGGUUACCUGGUCCACCUGGUCCCCCAGGUCCUCCAGGUGAGGUAAUCCAGCCACUGCCAAUCCAGUCACCCAAAAAGACAAGAAGAUCUCCUGAUUACAUGUUAUCUGAUGCUGGUGAUAAUAUUCUGGAUUAUUCUGAUGGCAUGGAAGAGAUCUUUGGUUCAUUGAAUUCACUGAAGCAAGACAUUGAGCAUAUGAAGUAUCCAAUGGGCACACAGAAUAACCCAGCCCGAACUUGCAAAGACUUGCAACUCUGCCACCCAGACUUCCCAGAUGGGGAAUAUUGGAUUGAUCCUAACCAGGGAUGUUCUGGAGACUCCUUCAAAGUGUACUGCAAUUUCACAGCAGGCGGAGAAACUUGCAUCUACCCAGAUAAGAAAUCUGAAGGAGUCAGGAUUUCAUCAUGGCCAAAGGAGAAUCCAGGAUCUUGGUUUAGUGAAUUUAAGCGAGGCAAACUUCUUUCCUAUUUGGAUGUUGAAGGCAAUUCCAUUAAUAUGGUCCAGAUGACAUUCCUUAGACUACUGAGUGCCUCUGCCAGACAGAAUUUCACUUACAACUGUCAUCAGUCUGUAGCUUGGUAUGAUGCAUCAUCUGACAGCUAUGACAAAGCACUAAGGUUCUUAGGAUCAAAUGAUGAAGAAAUGUCUUAUGACAACAAUCCUCACAUCAAAGCCCUUCACGACGGCUGUGCGUCAAGAAAAGGCUAUGCAAAGACGGUGAUUGAAAUCAACACACCCAAAAUAGACCAAGUACCUAUAGUUGAUGUGAUGAUCAAUGACUUUGGUGAUCAGAACCAGAAGUUUGGAUUUGAGGUCGGUCCAGUCUGCUUCCUUGGUUAAGCUUAAGACAAAAAUCAGAUCAACAAAAAUGUUGCACUUUGGUGCUACCAACCCACUUUAUGCCACAUGCAAGUUUUGAGUAAGGAUGGCGUAGAAAAUGUCUUUAUUGUAUAUGUCUUACCUAGAAAGUAAUUGUUGCCCUUGUAGGGCCAGAAUCACAUGACUUAAACUUCUUUUACAAAGAUGCUGUGGCACAGACAAAAUAGGGCUCACUUUAGGAACAACCCCUUUGGAGUCCUUUGGUGCUGUAAAAAAAAUGAACAACAUGGUGCUCCUUCCAUUACAACAAAGAGGUGUUAAGAAAGUGUUGAAUAAAUUGUAAUUAUUCUGUGUACAGUACUAUACUGUUAUUUCUCUGUCCAUUUCCAAAACUUGCAUGUGUCUUUGAAUUGCAUCUGGCUCUUAUUUUAUAAUUACAAAACUCCAUUGUCAGAACUGUGUAUGUAUUUGAAAAAAUAAAGCUGUACUUGCAAGUGAAGCCAGUUCCAUUUCUGAUUAGUAAUAAACUCCCUUUGUAUA